GCUUCUGCUGCUUCUGUCUGUCUCUGGCCUCGCUUAGGAGGCGAUCCUGGGGUCCCCGAGUCUGUGCGAUCUCCGGGGCCACUGUCACCUGAGGAGGGAGCCGCGGAUGCUGUGGCUCUGCCCGGACUUGCACUAGCAUCCAGGAAGAAGUUUCAAGGAUUAGCUCUUUUGUGCCUCAUUUUUCUUCCGAAGUAUGUCUUCAGAGUUGCCUACACUUUUGCAAGAACACCAGAAAAUGAACAAAUCCCAGAAAUGCCAGGCAUCGGUGUCAUUUAAGGAUGUGACUGUGGGCUUCACCCAGGCGGAGUGGCAGCAUCUGGACCCCACUCAGAGGUCCCUGUACAGAGACGUGAUGCUGGAGAACUACAGCAACCUUGUCUCAGUGGGGUAUUGUGUCACCAAACCAGAAGUGAUCUUCAGGUUGGAGCAAGGAGAGGAGCCAUGGAUAUUGGAGGAAGAAUUCCCAAGCCAGAGACUCCCAGCCAUCUGGAAGCCUGAUUACAUGACAGAGAUGAGCCAAGAAAACUGGUUUCACCAUGUCUGGAAAGUUGUAUUCAUGAAUAACAAAACACUGACUAAAGAACGAAGUAAUGUGAUACGAAAACCAUAUAGCUUGGAUACAGAUUCUUUUUCUUCCAGAAAAAUACUCUGUCAAUGUGACUCAUGUAGAAUGAGUUUCAACUAUAUUUCAGAAUUGAUUAUCAAUAAGAAAAACUAUACAGGAAAGAAGACUGAUGAAUUUAAUGCUUGUAGAAAGUUACUAUUCAAUAUUAUAUAUGAAAAAACUCAUACUAGAGAGAAAAGUGAAUUUUUUAAAAAUGGGAAAACUUUCAGUCAUGAUGAAGACCCUGUUCAACAUGAGAAGGUUCAAACUUUGCAGCGAAAUUCUGAAUUUAACAUAUAUCGAGAAAGCUUUUAUGAAAAGGCACUAUUUAAUAUAUACACGAAAGAGAUCUCAGAUGGGAAUGAUUGUGAGUAUAAUGAAUAUGGAAGAACAUCCUGUGAGAACCCAUCCAUCUUAUUACAUCAGAUAAUGUCCUUAAACGAAAAUCACUAUGAAUUUAGUGUUUGUGGGAAAUCCUUAUGUGUGAGUGCUACACUUUUAAAGAAUCAUGAGUCACAUAUGAAACACUGUGACUAUAAUAAAAGUGGAAAUAAUUUCAGGAAGAAGUUAUACCUCUCACAACGUCAGAAAACUCAUAAAGGAGAGAAACACUUUGAAUGUAAUGAAUGUGGGAAAGCUUUCUGGAUGAAGUCACACCUCACUCGACAUCAGAGGAUACAUACAGGACAGAAAAGCUUUCAAUGUAAUGAAUGUGGGAAAAAGUUUUGGGAGAAGUCAAACCUCACUAAACAUCAGAGGUCACACACCGGGGAGAAACCCUAUGAAUGCAAUGAAUGUGAGAAAGCCUUCAGCCACAAGUCAGCCCUCACAUUACACCAGAGAACACAUACAGGGAAGAAACCCUAUCAAUGUAAUGCAUGUGGGAAAACUUUUUACCAGAAGUCUGACCUCACUAAACAUCAGAGAACACACACAGGCCUGAAGCCCUAUGAAUGCUAUGAAUGUGGGAAGUUCUUCUGUAUGAAUUCACAUCUCACGGUGCACCGGCGAACUCAUACAGGCGAGAAACCCUUUGAAUGCCCUGAGUGUGGGAAAUCUUUCUGUCAGAAGUCACAUCUUACACAACAUCAGAGAACUCACAUAGGGGAUAAACCCUAUGCAUGUGAUACAUGUGGCAAAGCUUUCUACCAAAAGUCUGUCCUCACCAGGCAUCAGAUAAUUCAUACGGGGUUGAAACCCUAUGAAUGUUACAAAUGUGGAAAAACCUUCUGCUUGAAGUCUGACCUCACAGUACAUCAGAGAACUCACACAGGGGAGAAACCCUUUGCAUGUCCCGAAUGUGGGAAAUUCUUCAGUCAUAAGUCCACCCUCUCUCAACAUUAUAGAACACAUACAGGGGAGAAACCCUAUGAAUGUCAGGAAUGUGGAAAAAUAUUUUACAAUAAAUCAUACCUAAUAAAACAUAAUAGAACACAUACAGGGGAAAAGCCAUAUGAAUGCAGUGAAUGUGGGAAAACCUUCUGCCAGAAAUCACAGCUCACUCAGCACCAGAGAAUUCAUAUAGGGGAGAAACCCUAUGCAUGUAGUGAGUGUGGAAAGGCAUUCUGUCAUAAGUCAGCUCUAAUUGUACACCAGAGAACUCAUACAGAUGAAAAGCCCUAUAAAUGUAAUGAGUGUGGCAAAUCUUUCUGUGUGAAGUCAGGACUUAUUUUACAUCAGAGAAAACACACAGGGGAGAAACCCUAUAAAUGUAAUGAGUGUGGAAAAUCAUUCAGUCACAAAUCAUCCCUCACAGUGCAUCACAGGGCUCACACAGGAGAGAAGGCUUGUCAAUGUAAUGAAUGUGGGAAAAUUUUUUACCGUAAAUCAGACCUUGCUAAACAUCAGAGAUCACACACAGGGGAGAAGCCCUAUAAAUGUAACAUGUGUGGAAAAUACUUCUCACAGAAGUCAAACCUCAUUGUACAUCAGAGAACACACAUGGGAGAAAAUUUUAUGAUUGAAGUACAUAUUAGAAAUGUUGAGUCACAAUUCAGCACCCACUACAACUCAGAGAGUUCACACUAUGGAGAAAGUUCUCUUGAUAUUCUGAAUAAAGUAACCUUCAUCCACAAACUAGCCUUAUUUUACUCCAAAGUGAUGAUGUUGGACAAACUAAUAGACUGCAACAAAAGGAGGACAGUGUUGUUAGGAAGUAACAUUCAAUUGAAUGUCAAGUAACUACUGGUAUAAAACCCUACAAAUUUUUUGAUUUUGUAAAAGUUUUUAGCAAAAAUUCAAAGUCUGUGAUGUCAGAAUUUAUAUUGGGGAGAAAUCUGUCAAUUUGAGACGUAUAGUUUGAAAAUUUUCUUUAGAUGUAAUGUAGUAUUAAUAAUUGCAUUUUUGUUUUGAUGUCAUAAACUGUAAUUUAUAGAUUUAUAUUGUACAAUGUAAAGCUUUAAGACAAAAAAGAAAUAGCAAAAUGAAAAAAGAGAAUCACAAGAAGUUGCAAUAAUAGUAUAAAGAAUUCUCCUGUGCCUUUCACCAAGCUUUGAAUGAUUAUAUCCUACCUAACUAUAUUAUGUUCUCAAGUAAUUGAAGCCACCCUACUUCUUUGUCAGAUAAAGAUCAUAUUCAGAUUUCCCCCAUCUUUACAUGCACUAUAUGUGUUUCAGUUAUAUGAAAUUUCAUCAUUUUGAAUAAUCAUCAGCAUAGGUUACAAAAUAAAAAAGAAAUCUGAAAUCAGUAUUUCAUCAGGUUUACAAAGGAAUAAAGAUUUCACCAC